GUGCACUUGAUGAAACAUUUGAAACCCGGAGUCCUCGUUCGCUUUAGCUGACAAAUGGAUCUCAAGAGGUGACUUCACUGCUAUAAAUAGGACAGCCGUAGCGGGGUGCGUAUCGCGGUACUGUAAGCCCUAUAGUUUCGCUGUGUUUGCUCUGUGACUGAGUCACGAUUUUAUUCAAGACACGUCACUCUCGACAGCAUAAUAAGGAGUAGGCCAACGUCAAAGGGGAAAGUUUACAGUAUUCCUAUCUCUUGACUGUGUAGAGCAGCGUCAUGCGGGCCUCGCACUGUGUAUAUAAACCCUCGCGAUGUCCUGCUGAAACGUUAUAACCGGUUUCAAACUCGACGCAAGAACAACACUUUUUCAGCUCACCCACCCAGCGGUCGCCCAUACUUUGCAGUAGAUUUCUAGCCUGCACCUUCAACAAUUAUUUGCAAUUUUCCAUCGAGAGAUACUCGACCACCACAGAGGAAUAUAAAAACAAUCCCCUCCAAACUGUACGAUACCGUCCCCAAGCAAGACUGCAUUAUUCUCUGUCAUUGUAGAAAGACUCCCAUACGCAAAAAGAGCACUUAUAACUCUACAAGUCCACCAUACACCAAACAAAAGCAACUUCGCAACACUAAGCCCAAUCUGCAACAUACUGUACACCAGCCUGUCCAUCCGCAAAACCAUUUAUAAGCCAAAUUAUUCAGCAAACAGCUAAGCGGCAUAUUUCAAAACGCUGGCGAACAGCAUUCCUGUCCAAACAACGUCACAUUACAUGCAUAAGCACACAUUAGCUCUACACCACCUAGAGGCCUCUCUAAGAAACGAGACGCUCUAACAAUAAGAGUUCUUCAUACAGACCCACAUUCGCGUUCAACAGCACAGCAAAUACUUCAACGACACAGUUCAGCCUUCAACCAGUCCCGCUUACGACGACGAGGAGUCCUCCGACCUUUCGGGUUGACCUUUUGUAGUCUACCUACCCACCAGAUACCGUGAACUGCGCAGCGACGAAGGCGUUUAUCACUGAUAUCAAAGUGGACACGGAGCUUAUACUUAUAGAACGAAGAACCAACACAAACAGUAACUGCUGCGCGCAUAGAUAGACGGAAAACAAGGGACCUUUUACAUUCUUAACCCCGCUGAGACCAUGGAAAUACUCUCCAGUACAAACGAUACGAAAACUCCUUUACCUAAAUCAACGGUCAAGGAAGUUGACCAGUGGUUGGAACAACUGUUUAAAUGUGAGCCUCUUUCGGAAGACUCGAUCAAGUCGUUGUGCGAGAGAGGGAAGCAGAUUUUUUCCGCAGAGUCGAACGUACAGAAUGUCCAGAGUCCAGUGACGAUAUGUGGGGACAUACACGGUCAGUUUUUCGACCUGAUGGAGUUGUUUAAGGUCGGUGGAGACCUGCCGGACACCAACUACUUGUUUAUGGGGGACUAUGUGGAUAGAGGCUAUCACUCCGUGGAGGUCAUUUCGCUUCUUGUGGCACUCAAGAUCCGCUACCCAGAACGUAUCACCAUCCUACGAGGCAACCACGAGUGUCGGAUGAGCACCCAAGUCUACGGCUUCUACGACGAGUGUCUCCGAAAAUACGGCAGCGCCACCGUGUGGAAAUACUUCACAGACCUCUUCGACUACAUGCCCAUCACAGCCUUGGUCAACGGUCAAGUUUUCUGCCUGCACGGAGGGUUAUCUCCCUCUAUAGACAGUCUUGACCACAUCCGGGCCUUAGACAGAAUCCAGGAGACGCCCCACGAGGGUCCGAUGUGUGACCUGUUGUGGUCCGACCCAGAAGACAGAAACGGCUGGGGGAUUAACUCGAGAGGUGCUGGCUUCUUCUUCGGAGAGGACGUGUCCGAGGCGUUCAACCACCACAACGGUUUGUCCAUGGUCAGUCGAGCCCACCAGGUGGUGAUGAGCGGGUAUAACUGGUGUCAUAAUGGUCACGUGGUCACGGUGUUCAGCGCGCCAAAUUACUGCUACAGGUCCGGGAAUCAGGCAGCCAUUAUGGAGCUCGAUGACGCCUCCAACUACCGUCUGACCCAGUUUGAGCACGCCCCCUCACAAGGACGCGGGAAGGUGUCCAAAAUCACACCGGACUACUUCCUAUGAUUGACACUUUGCCUAGGUUCUCUUUACACCAAUUUUAGCCCCCUUUUUAAAAACUCACUUUUUAACAUUGAAAUGGUUUUUAUCUCUAUUAUUUUUUGUGUUACUCCGCCAAUACAUUUUACAAGGUCUAGACGGCUUCAAGAUGACUCCUUUGGCGGCAAGUUAAAAUCCGAAUUGACCAAUUUUAGUUUUAGUCCAUUCACCCAUCCUAUGUCCAGGGGAUAUACAGCGGUGCGUCAUAUUAGACACAUAUGUCGGUAAAUCAAAGAAAAUAUACGUCAUAUACAAGACACAAUUAUUUUGAAGGCGGAGCACUUAAACCGAGCCCUUUAUGGAAAAAAAGAGGAAAAAAGAAAAGGCGGGGAGAAGAUCUCUGAUGAUUGCACACCAAAGUGAACGCCACACGACAUGUGCACCUAAUGCAAUAAUAAUAUCAUUAAGAAUGUUCCACAAC